AUCAUAAAGAAUUCAGACCUUGAGGAAUUACGGGAGCUAGGAUCUGGUACAUAUGGAACUGUAUAUCACGGAAAAUGGCGAGGAACAGAUGUCGCAAUCAAAAGAAUAAAAAAGAGUUGCUUUUCUGGGAGGUCAUCAGAACAAGAACGAUUGGCAAAAGACUUUUGGAGAGAAGCACACAUCCUCUCAACUCUUCACCAUCCUAAUGUGGUCGCAUUUUAUGGGAUUGUACCUGAUGCGAGUGGAGGAACCUUAGCUACUGUAACUGAAUUCAUGGUUAACGGAUCACUUAGGCAUGCCCUACUCAAAAAGGAAAGAUCUCUCGAUCAUCGUAAAAAGCUUAUGAUUGCAAUGGAUGCUGCUUUUGGCAUGGAAUACUUGCACUCAAAAAGUAUUGUUCAUUUUGAUCUAAAGUGUGAUAAUCUGUUGGUAAAUCUAAGGGAUCCACACCGACCAAUAUGCAAGGUUGGAGAUUUUGGGCUAUCAAGAAUCAAAAGGAACACUCUAGUAUCUGGUGGUGUACGGGGAACUCUUCCAUGGAUGGCACCAGAACUAUUAAACGGAAGCAGCAGUCGAGUUUCUGAAAAGGUUGAUGUUUUCUCGUUUGGGGUGUCAAUGUGGGAGAUCUUGACAGGGGAGGAACCUUAUGCUGAUAUGCACUGUGGCGCAAUAAUUGGUGGUAUCGUAAAGAAUACCCUGCGGCUUGCAGUACCGGAAGAUUGCGAUCAAGAUUGGAGGGAACUGAUGGAGCAAUGUUGGUCCCUUAAUCCAGAUUCUAGGCCGUCCUUCACUGAGAUAGCAAAUAGGUUGCGAGUUAUGUCUGUGGCACUUUUGGCCAAGGCAUCAAGUAAUCAAACUAGACCAUCCAAGGGAUCAGCAUCAUAAAUUUCCUUAGAUAUAAGGACGACGUGAGGUAUAUGUAUAUAUAACAGAAAGAGUGUGUGAUCAUGGAUUUAAGAGAAGAGCUUCCUACAUAUCAUGUGAUUAAUCAUCAUUCUUAAUUUUUGUCCCUAGGCAUUAAAUUUCUUCCUUUGCUUAUCCAUCAACAACCCUUCAUUGUUUGUUGUAGCUUAAUGUUUUGUAACCUAAACAAAAAAAUGAUAAAUUGUGUAAAGAAGGAGUAAGUUGUGAAUUAAUUAAUUUUGGAUGAAAGGU